GGUUUGCGUAAUAAAAGAGGAAGCUUUGGUUAAAGCGAAGGCCAGGAGUGAACUAAAGCUCGCGACUUUGGGAUCUCUCCGAUCUCCGGCGAUGGAUUCCGACGACCACCCAUUCGAGAGAGAGAAGCACGUGACGUACCUGCAGAUGAUGUACCAGUUCCUCCCGCACCAGUACCAGACCCAAGAGAUCAACCGUCUCACUCUCGCCUACUUCGUCGUCUCCGGCCUCGACCUCCUCCAAGCUCUCGACUGCAUUGAUAAGAAUGCGGUUGCGGAUUGGGUUCUGUCGCUCCAAGCUCACCCUAGAGACGUUGACGAAGUCAACGACGGGCAAUUCUAUGGUUUUUAUGGUUCCAGAAGCUCUCAGUUUUCUCAAGAUGAUAGUAAUGUGGGUUUGGGUUCGAGUAUCAGUAACUUGGCAAGUACGUAUUGUGCAAUAGCUAUACUGAAGAUUAUCGGCUAUGACUUGUCUAGUAUCGACUCGGAGUUGUUGUUGAAGUCGAUGAGAAACCUUCAACAGCCUGAUGGGAGUUUUAUGCCUAUACAUACAGGGGCGGAGACUGAUCUUCGAUUCAUUUAUUGUGCUGCUGCAAUUUGUCAUAUGUUGGGAGAUUGGAGUGGCAUGGACAAAGAGAAAGCCAAGGAGUACAUCAUAAAUUGCCAGUCAUAUGAUGGUGGAUUUGGGUUGACUCCUGGUGCAGAAUCUCACGGUGGUGCAAUUUAUUGUGGUAUUACAUCUCUCCAGUUGAUGGGAUUCCUUGAAGAGGAUAUACUUUCCAAAGAGGUGUCAUCCUCCAUAGUAAAUGUGCCUAUGCUGUUGGUUUGGUGCUUACAGAGGCAAGCAGCUGAUGGUGGAUUCCAGGGUAGACCAAACAAGCGUAGUGACACAUGUUAUGCAUUUUGGAUUGCAUCAGUUUUGAAGAUUUUAGGGGGGCACAAAUUAAUUGACCAGAAAGCUUUGCGUGGAUUUUUAAUAACUUGUCAGUCUGAGUAUGGGGGCUUCAGCAAAUUUCCAGAGGACCUGCCAGAUCUGUAUCACUCGUAUUAUGGGUUUACAGCAUUCAGCCUUCUCGAAGAACUUGGCGUCAAUUCACUCUGUGUUGAGCUAGGAAUGAAGGAUCUUGCUGCCACAGGAAUCUAAUUUAUUCUUCAUAGUUGUCGCAUUGCCACUAUGUUUACCAGAGUGUUUAACACAUACUCAAUUGUGUUCAUAGUAAUUAUCAGGAACUACAUAUAUAUUCAUGUACUAUAGAACGAUUUUAAAGUACAGAUUCUUACCGCAAAUAUAUUUUUUGGAAGGAUAAAGAUUAAGAUUUAUGAAAGAAUGACCUCCUCUC